AUCUUGAUUGGGGGGCUAUUUCCCCUUCACUAUAUGGCCUCAAAGCCAGAUCAUAGCUACACCUCCAGACCGCAGCCCAGCCAGUGCAGUGGCCUUGAUCUUCGAGCAUUUCGCUGGAUCCAGACUAUGAUAUUUGCCAUCAAAGAGAUAAAUGAAAAUGCAAGCCUUUUGCCUGGGGUUACUCUGGGCUACAGAAUAAUGGACAGUUGUGACCAUGUUCACUUUGGCUUGACAGGGGGGUUGUCAUUGGUUAGUGGAUCCCUGGCUCAUCAUCAGAAUCAAACAGAAGGUUCCCAAUGCAUUGCUAGCGGCCCGGUAUCUGCUGUAAUUGGUUUAGCAUCCUCCACUCCCACCCGUGCGCUGGCACACACUUUGGGACCUUUUGGGAUACCAGUGGUUAGCUAUUUUGCAACCUGCACAUGUCUUACAAACAAGCAGGUGUAUCCUUCCUUCCUGCGCACUGUGCCCAGUGACAUGUUUCAAGUGCAGGGACUGGUUCAGCUCGUUGCCCACUUCGGCUGGCAGUGGGUUGGCACAAUAGGCACAGAGGAUGACUACAGUCGCUAUGGGAUCCAAGCAUUCUCUGAGCAGCUGCAUGAAUGGGGUGGCUGCCUAGCCUUCCACCAAACCAUUCCCAAAGCGCCAUCAGUGGCUAAGAUCAAUGCCAUUGCUGACGUUCUAGAGACGACCACUGCCAGUGUGGUCAUCGCCUUUGCCACAGAAGGACAGCUGCUGAGCCUGCUGACUGAAGUUGCUCGACGCAACCUGACCAGGUUGCAGUGGGUGGCCAGCGAGGCGUGGGUGACGGCCCGUCUGCUCACUGCCCCCACGUUUCAGCCUGUGCUGGUGGGCACGCUGGGCUUUUCCUUUAGAGGCACAGUGAUCCCAGGGCUGUCUGACUUUCUCCUGAAUGUGCGCCCAUCACCACGGCCAGAGUCAACUCUCACUAACAUGUUCUGGGAGGAGCUGUUUGGAUGCAGGUUAGAGUUCGGGUCUCACAGUGUGUCUGAAAUACCACUGUGUAGUGGAAAUGAAGAUUUGAGUUCACACAAAACCAGCUACAGUGAGUCACCGGUCAGAAUCGCUUACAACGUAUACAAAGCUGUGUAUGCAAUUGCCCAUGCUUUGCACAAGCUGUUGCAGUGUGGUUCUUUGUGGAGAAAUGCCACACAAACCGGCUGUAAAAGAACCACAACAUUUACACCAAGGCAGCUCCUACACCACUUAAAGGAGGUGAACUUCACCAAUCAGUUUGGAGAGAAAGUGUCCUUUGACUCUAAUGGGGAGCCGGUGCCCCUCUACGAUAUCAUCAACUGGCAGAGAGACCACCAGGAUGGCGUCAGGUUCAAGAAAGUGGGAAGCUACGAUGGGUCAGCCCCUCAAGGCUUAAAGCUGCAGAUGGAUGAAAAGUCCAUAGAGUGGGCAGAGGGACAGCUUCAGGCUCCUGAGUCUGUCUGCAGUGUAGCCUGUCCUCCUGGAAGUCGAAAGGCCUCGCGUCCAGGGGAGGCUGUUUGCUGCUUCGAUUGUCUGCCCUGUGCUGAGGGACAGAUCAGCAAUACUACAGGAGCUACAGAGUGUAUUACAUGUCCUCUGUACUACUGGUCUGACAGAGACAGAGUGGCUUGUGUGGCUGGCGUGGAGGAAUUUCUCUCUUUCCAAGAGACUCUGGGUAUCAUCCUCGUUGUUUUAUCUAUGCUGGGGGUUGCUGCUGCUGCAGUCAUUACUGCCAUCUUCUUCUGUUACAAGACCACACCCAUUGUUAAAGCCAACAACUCAGAGAUCAGCUUUUUGCUGCUGCUGUCACUGAAGCUCUGCUUCCUCUGCUCCCUGGUGUUCAUGGGCCGCCCCUCGCCCUGGUCUUGCUUGGCCCGACAGGCAUUGUUCGGGAUCAGCUUUGUGCUCUCGAUCUCCUGCAUCCUGGUCAAGACCAUUGUUGUGCUGCUUGCCUUCCGCUCCUCCUUACCUGGUUCCCAUGCGGUCCACCUGUUUGGGCCUCCUCAGCAAAGGGCCUUCAUCUUCUGCUGCUCUGCGGUGCAGGUGGUCCUGUGUGCUGGCUGGCUGGCCAUGGCACCCCCUGUGCCCUUCAAGAACACAUCCUACCAGGGUGGCAGGAUACUGCUGGAGUGUAAAGGUGUGUGGCCACUGGGGUUCUACCUGGUGCUUGGGUACAUUGGCCUGUUAUCUUGCGUGUGCUUUGUACUUGCAUUCAUGGGACGUAAACUUCCAGACACUUUUAAUGAAGCCAAGUUGAUCACCUUCAGCAUGCUCAUUUUCUUUGCUGUGUGGAUUUCCUUCAUACCUGCAUACAACAGCUCCCCAGGGAAAUACACAGUGGCCGUGGAGAUUUUUGCCAUCCUGGCUUCUAGCUUUGGACUACUGUUUUGCAUCUUUGCACCAAAAUGUUAUAUUAUUAUUUUUAAACCUGAGCAAAACACCAAAAGAGGAAUGACAAGGAAAUACUGA